CAGUCACGAAGAUGACCGACACCAGUCACAUAUAGAGCAGAUUAAAACCUUACUGGACGUAGUGGCCUUCUAGUUUGAUCUCUACUCGGCUUAAAUUCCAAAAAAUUGUCUAUUGCUUCCUCUUCUCCUUCAAAUAAACAAAACAGAGGGAGAAAGAAAUGCACGUCUUUAACAGAACCCUCUUAGUUUUUGUUCCUUCCCUCUCAUCAUUUAUCAAGAAUCUCUCUUAAAAUUCCCUUCUUCAUAAACUGGUAAGAGAUUGAAAGUAUAGGGCUCAGUUAGGGUAGCAAAAGGAUGUUUGCUUGUGCAUGAAGGUGAAAUACUCGGAAAUUAUUAGCAAGAGAAGACAAUCCAGUAUGAAUAUAUGGUUAAUGUCACUCCUUGUAUGGUUCAGCUUCUACAACCAUUGAAAGUGAUGUUGUUUGCAUAGUCAUUUGUCACCAAUCAAAAUGUUGAAUUUUGCAUCCAAUUGCCUAGCUGGAAGUGUUAGUAUGAACAAUUCUACAAAGCCUACUCAAGUCCCAUCAGAAUACUCAGACGAUGAGGCAUCUUCUUUUAGCAGAGAAGAAGCUCUAGAGUGCCCAAUAUGCUGGGAAUCCUUCAAUAUUGUGGAAAAUGUGCCUUAUGUUUUAUGGUGUGGCCAUACUCUUUGCAAAAAUUGCGUCCUAGGGCUUCAAUGGGCUGUAGUGAAAUUCCCCACAUUACCUAUUCGGCUUCCUCUCUUUAUUUCUUGCCCGUGGUGCAAUUUAUCAUCUUUCCGCUUUGUUUAUAGAGGGAACCUCAAAUUUCCUCGCAAGAAUUAUUUUCUACUUUGGAUGGUUGAGAGCAAGAAUGGUGACAGAGACAAGUCUCCUGGCACCUUCUGUGAAGAUCACCAACCGCACUGGUCAUCAGACAGUAAUUUAGCUCAUGGAAGUCGGGUAAGCCGUGGUAACAUCAGGAGAGGACACUAUAUUCAUCACUCUGAACCAUCAGGGACACACCAUGAUCAUAAUCAUGUCAACAGUUACCUCAAUGUGGAGAGAAUACAUUCUUCCCUUCAGAAAUCACUGGCUUUCUUUGUUAGUCUGACAGCAAAGUUCCCAUUGGUCAUCAUAUUCCUUUUGAUCAUCUUAUAUGUAAUACCUGCCAGUGCAAGCAUUUUGGCCCUGUACAUUCUUAUCACUGUUCUGUUUGCCCUCCCAUCAUUUCUCAUUCUUUACUUUGCUUAUCCUAGUUUGGAUUGGCUUGUGAGAGAAAUCAUCACUUGAUAUGCAAUUUAGUGUCGUAAUCUGUAACCAUUGUGAAUAGAAGUUUGCACCUAGAAAGUCGCACAUCUUUUUCUUGGUGACGUGAACUUGGUAAUUCAACGACUUUCCAGUCUCCAAGACUACAUUCGUUGGCAUCAAAGCUCCUCGGUCCCACUAUCCCCCAUAUCUUCCAUGGUUAGAAGCUCUUCUGCUCUUGUAGGAUUUUGCUGGUGUUAGGGCUGUUUGUAGUGACAAUGGGGUUCGGUGGUAAUAAUGGUCCCACCGAAGUUGUUUCCUUAUGGAUGUGCAAUGCUCUUGUAAGUAUCUGAAAUAUUAGUAAAGUGUGAGGGCUAUCACCCAAAAGCUUGAUUUCUCGGUUGUAUCUUUAUUAUGGUUCUAUUCGAUUUGUGUCUAACUGGGAAUUUUUUGUUUUAUGAUGGGUUUUGAAACAAAGUGAUAAAAACCAGAGUUAUUUCAUUUCA